AUGUCAAACAAAGUCUCUUCCAAUUUCUCCGAUCUAAUCCAACGAGUAGCAGCUUCCUGUUUGCUCCAUCCACUUGCGGCUGGUAGACAGGAAUCUGGAAAUAAUGUUGCCGGAAAUGGUGAGGAAGUUUAUGAAUAUGAAACGGAUGAAUGCGAGGAGUUGUCGGAAGCAGGGGAGGAGGAAAUUGGAGAGAAGGGAGGGAAAGUUAAGGUUAAUUGGGAUUGUGGUGUUAAGAGCGGAAUGGUGGUGCCAAUGGAGAGAGUGAUGGAGAUGGAGAUGCUGAUGAAUGAGGUGUUUGAUUCGGUAUCUGCGAUGAAGAGGGCUUAUGGGAGUUUACAAGAGGCGCAUAGUCCGUGGGACCCGGAGAGGAUGAGGGUGGCUGAUGUGGCGGUGGUGGGGGAGUUGAGGACGUUGGCUUUUUUGAGAGAGAGGUUUAGGAGGUGUGUUAGUGUUGGUAGUGGUGGAGGGAGGAGGAGAGGUAUUGAUGUUGGUGGUGGUGGAGUGGGGAUGUUGAGGGAGGUUGUGGCGCCUUAUGAAGCAGCGGUGGAGGGGCUGAAGAAGGAAGUGAAGGCGAGGGAAGUGGAGGUGGAGAAUUUAAAGGAGAAGCUGAGGAGUGUUACUAGCUUGAGCAGUAAUGGGAGUGGAAAGAAGGGGAGGUCUAAGUCAUGGAGGAAAGUUAGCUGCUCUCUCGGUGCUCAAGUUGCAGCUGCUCCAGCACCAGAACUAUUUGAAUUAACGACAAGCCAAGUGAAAAAGACAUCAAAGUCCUUCACAUCGCUUCUCCUGACCUUAAUGCGUGCUGCCCAUUGGGACAUUGCUGCUGCUGUUCGUUCUAUUGAAGCUGCCACUGCAACCACUGACAAUUUUACCAGCAGUACCACUGCUAUCACCUCCACCAUUGCAAGCCACCAUGCAAAGUAUGCUUUGGAGUCCUACAUUUCUCGCAAGGUCUUCCAAGGCUUUGACCAUGAAACCUUCUACAUGGAUGGAAGCCUCUCCUCACUUCUUAACCCAGACCAGUUCCGCCGUGACUGCUUUACUCAGUACCGUGAUAUGAAGGCCAUGGACCCCAUUGAACUUCUUGGAGUCUUGCCAACUUGUCAUUUUGGCAAAUUCUGCUCCAAGAAGUACCUGGCAAUUGUUCAUCCGAAAAUGGAGGAGUCCUUGUUUGGAAACUUGGAGCAACGCCAGCAACUACUUGCUGGCAGCCAUCCAAGGAGUCAGUUUUAUGGAGAGUUCUUGGAGCUCGCCAAGGCUGUUUGGUUGCUUCACUUGCUGGCCUUCUCACUCGAACCUGCACCGAGUCAAUUUGAGGCAAGUAGGGGAGCAGAGUUUCAUCCACAAUACAUGGAGAGUGUUGUGAAAUUUUCUGGUGGGCGGAUACCAGCUGGUCAGAUUGUGGGAUUCCCUGUUAGUCCUGGAUUCAAGCUUGGAAACGGGUCGGUUAUCAAGGCUAGUGUUUACCUAGUGCCCAGGUCAUGA